AUGCAAAAACAAGUACAAGAGCCGUACGUGGUCAAGAAGCGGCAAUGGGAACGCAAGAUGGAAGCCAUGCAGCAACAACCGGACCCGGAAAGCUCUCCGCCGCGACGAGCGUCGCCUGCCGAGAGACCCCGCGGGGAAUCAAAGCAGCGUGACAGCAGCCGCAAAAGGGACGACAGCAAAAUAGGCAGGAGCGCCAGCCGCCGCAGACCGUCGCAGUCGAGGGAGAGAGGCUCCUGGGCCGACGCAGUCAAGGCAAACAUGGCAGAGAAGAGACAACCACCGGCGCAAAACGCCGUGAAGAAGAUCCAAGAAGCGAACGGGGUGGAGAAAUCCUUGAGAUACGAGAACGAGAAGCUAAAGCGGAGAAUCGCCGAAAAGGAGGCAACCAUCAAGGAAAUCAACGAGAAGCUAACGUCAUUAAUUGCGAUGCAGCAACAGCAGCAACAGCAGCCGACGCCCGCACAACAGAGGAAACAAGAGAUGACCGAGGACGAACCAGAGGUCGAGGUGGACCCGAGAGCCACGAUAGCGGCAGGACCGGCUCCCAAGAGGAGAGCCAUAGAGGGCGCCAAAGAACGAAAGGUAACGGAGAGAAGCGACAGACUCGACCAUCUUGAGGCGACCAGCAAGGUAACCAAUGAACGCCUCACCGCGCUCGAGCAAACGGUUCAGCAGAUGACAACCAACAUUCAGAGCACGAUCCAGAACAUGAUAGCGCAGAUGCAAACACAGCUGCAGGCGCACAUACAGGCACAAAUGCAAAGUAUGGAAGCACAGAUCAUCGCCAAACUGCCGCACUCAUGGCCGGGACAGCACGCAUAG